AUGGCUCCUGACAUCUUUAAAUCGUCCACGCUGCCGGUGCUGGAGCAGGUGGUUAACUUCGCGCAAGCACGACACGGAGUUCUGGCGGGCAAUAUUGCGAACCUUGACACGCCCGGCUAUAAGACCCGCGACCUUUCUCCGGAGUUGUUCCAAGAAAACCUCAAGCAGGCCAUCGAGGACAGCCGGCGGCCGGUCAGCCCGGGGCAGGCAAUGGCGGCCAGUGAGACCGGGCAGACCCCAACCAAUUACAACGCCUUCGCGAAGGUGGAAGAAUCGAUGAAGAGCAUCCUCCGCCACGACGGCGUUGACGUCAGCCUCGAACACCAGAUCGCUGAGAUCAGCAAGAACCACGCGCAGCACAACCUGGCGGUCAACCUGAUGAGCAACCAGUUCCGGCUGCUACGCGCCGCGAUAAGCGAGCGUCAGCGGACGCGGCUCAACGCGAUCUCGUCGAACCUGGCGAAUAUGUCUACCACCCGCAACGAAGCCGGCCAGCCCGAGGCGUACCGCCCGCGGUACGUGACCUUUCAGACCGACACCGGCAUCCAGACGUCCGGUGGCGGGGCGGGCGUGCGGGUUGCGAGCGUCGACGAGUCGACCGAGGCGCCCAACAUGAAGUAUCAGCCGGGCCACCCCGACGCCGACCCCAACGGCUACGUCGCGUACCCGAACGUUGACAUGACGACCGAGUUCGUCGACGCCCUCGAGGCGACCCGCGCCUACGAGGCCAACAUCGGCGUAAUCGAGAUCACCAAGGACCUGGGCUCCCAGACGCUCCGGAUCAUCGCCUAG